AUGGCAGACACACCCCCACAACGAAUCCUAUCAGACAACGUGUGGAAGCGCAAGCGGCCCGACACCGACUAUGAACGAUGGCAGCGGGAGCAAGACAACAGCUACCAACCGGGGGAACGACCACAAUAUGGGCCGCCAAACGAAUAUCGGACGGACGACUAUUUGUUAGAGGGAAAUGACGAGUUGCGCCAUGGGCAACACUACUAUGUAGAGGACCGGCCCACAUCGCACGGUUCUUUUGUAUCUUCAAAAGCCCCAGCAAAGCCCAUCACAAGCGAGGAUAACAUCAUAUCAACUGCCAGAAAGGCUUUACAUCUUGGCAACGAGACAUUCACGGGCAGUCUACUUUUGUUCGCCAUCUUGUUGGUAAUCCUUUUCGGUGCGUCAAGGUCAAUCAAACGAGGCCGUCGCUGUCGCACUUUCCCACGGUCGGACAACACCCAUGAACAGCCAAGACUUGACGGCAAGCCGUCAUUUUAA